AUGGGUUGGCAAAACGUAAACUACGUGACCGCAGCACAAAAGCACCAAAACGGUCAAGGAGAGCGCAGGUUGCGAGAGACAAGGGCAGUGACGCAGAGAGUAUCAAGUCGUUGGUUCGUAGCACAACAGGCGCUACGCGAGGCCAACGAUAAACGGCGAAUAGCAGAUGCGCCGAUAAGAGCAGUCGAUAUCGAUCGAGUUUAUGUCUGA